AUGAGUGGAAGAGGCGGAUUUUCAAGAGGCGGUGGUGGUGGUGAUAGAGGUGGGAGAGGUGGAUUUGGCGGUCGAGGCGGAGGAAGAGGUGGUGGCAGAGGUGGAUUUGGUCAAAGGGAUUUCGGACCUCCUGAGAGUGUACAAGAAAUUGGUUCAUUCCUUCAUCCAGUCGAAUCAGAAAUGUUAUGUUCAUUAGUAACGCCAACCAAAAUACCUUAUUUCAACGCACCCAUCUAUCUGUCAAACAAGACGCAAAUUGGUAAAGUCGAUGAAAUCUUGGGUCCAAUCAACGAAGUUUAUUUCACAGUUAAAAUGGAUCAAGGAAUGUUGGCAAGUUCAUUUAAAAAAGAAGAUAAAGUAUUCAUCUCAGGUGAAAAAUUAUUACCCAUCGAGAGGUUUUUACCAAAGCCUAAAACUGCAGGUGGGAAAGAACGAGGCGGCGCUCGUGGUGGUGGUCGAGGCGGAGCUAGAGGAGGACGAGGUGGGCCCCCCGGUCGAGGUGGUCGAGGUGGAUUCUCAGCCAGGGGAGGUGCGGGUGGUAGAGGUGGAUUCAGUGGUGGUAGAGGUGGUCCAGGUGGUUCAAGAGGUUCAUUCGGAGGUGGUGGUGGUAGAGGCGCACCAAGAGGUGGAAGAGGCGGUUUCGGUGGUGCUGGUGGCGGUGGAAGAGGUAGAGGGUAUUGA